AAAUCCUUAGAGGCCGGAGCGAUUAGCCGAGAGGACGGUCCCGCCCUUGGCUCCUCCAGGCCCUCGCUCCCCGCCUCGCGCGGUCCCCGCCCCGCCUCCCUCUCCCGCCCGCCUGUCCUCCUGCGAGGUGACACGGGGCUUCGGCUGGGGAAGGGGGCGAGGGAAGUAAGUUAGACGUCGGCCUGGCGGCCUUGGCGCAGCCCCCCGACGUGAGCGCGAUUUAUUUAAUCGCCCAGCUCCCACUGAUGAAGAUUAGUUGGAGUAACUGCUUGAACUGAAUUUUAUUGGCCAGAAGACAGCCCAUUUGUUUCACUUCUUUUUGUUUUCCCUGCUGCUUUGAGCUUUACUGUAACGGCUGAAAAACUUGGAGAAUAAAGUGAACAUGCUGUGGUCUUGAACACAUUUUUUUUUUUUUUUUUUUGGAGGAAAAAUUAAAGUGCCAGAGUGAAAGCCAGAAUGGCAUCCAGAGAGAGGCUCUUUGAACUUUGGAUGCUUUAUUGUACAAAGAAAGAUCCAGAUUACCUGAAGCUCUGGUUGGACAAUUUUGUUUCUAGCUAUGAACAGUUCUUAGAUGUUGACUUUGAAAAGCUGCCUACCAGGGUAGACGAUGUGCCUCCAGGAAUAUCUCUCCUUCCUGAUAACAUUCUGCAGGUUUUAAGGAUCCAGCUACUACAGUGUGUUCAGAAAAUGGCAGAUGGGUUAGAGGAACAACAGCAAGCUUUGUCAGUUUUGCUUGUCAAGUUCUUCAUUAUUCUUUGCAGAAAUUUAUCUAAUGUGGAAGAAAUUGGGACUUGCUCAUAUAUUAAUCAUGUCAUUACUAUGACAACACUCUAUAUUCAGCAGUUAAAAAGCAAAAAGAAAGAGAAGGAAUUGGCAGAUCAGACAUCUAUUGAAGAAUUUGUAAUCCAUGCAUUGGCAUUUUGUGAGAGUUUAUAUGAUCCAUAUCGGAAUUGGAGGCAUAGAAUUUCAGGACGAAUCCUUAGUACUGUGGAAAAGAGCAGACAGAAAUAUAAACCAGCUUCUCUCACAGUGGAGUUUGUCCCUUUCUUUUAUCAGUGUUUUCAGGAAAGUGAACAUCUCAAGGAAAGUCUCAAGUGUUGCUUAUUGCACCUCUUUGGAGCCAUUGUGGCCGGUGGGCAGAGGAAUGCUUUGCAAGCAAUUUCUCCAGCCACCAUGGAAGUUCUCAUGAGAGUUUUGGCGGAUUGUGAUUCCUGGGAGGAUGGAAAUCCUGAAGAAGUGGGUAGGAAGAUAGAACUUACUCUGAAGUGCCUUACAGAAGUGGUCCAUAUCCUUCUCACUAGCAGCUCUGAUCAACGUCAGGUGGAAACCAGCACUAUUUUAGAGAACUAUUUUAAAUUGCUAAAUUCAGAUCAUUCAGCUUUACCUAAUCAAAGGAGAUCCAGACAGUGGGAAAGCCGGUUCAUAGCUCUGCAGAUCAAAAUGUUGAAUACCAUCACAGCCAUGUUAGAUUGCACCGAUAGGCCUGUUCUUCAGGCCAUUUUUCUUAACAGUAAUUGCUUUGAACAUCUCAUACGACUGCUGCAGAAUUGCAAGCUGUUUUUAAAUGCUAACAAUAAGGUGGCAGACAAGAACGAGAAAGACCUUGCCAACAAAUUACUGACAGAAAUAAAUGAGGACCAGGUGUUUCAGGGACAGUUGGAUUGUUUGGCUAUAUCAGCCAUUCAGGCUUUGACAGCAGUAAUGAACAAAUCUCCAGCUGCUAAGGAAGUAUUUAAAGAAAGAAUUGGUUAUACACAUAUGUUUGAGGUUUUAAAAUCCCUGGGUCAGCCACCACUGGAACUACUUAAAGAACUCAUGAAUAUGGCUGUAGAGGGUGACCACACUUCAGUUGGGAUUUUGGGCAUUAGUAAUGUCCAUCCUCUCUUGCUUCUUAUCCGGUGGCUUCCAGAGCUAGAAUCCCAUGAUCUGCAAAUCUUCAUCUCUGAUUGGCUGAAAAGAAUUUGUUGUAUUAAUAGGCAGAGCCGAACUAUUUGUGUCAAUGCAAACAUGGGGAUUCACAUCAUCGAAACCCUUGAUUCCCAUUCUUCCCUCCACCGAACUUGUGCUGAGAACUUGAUUGCACUUCAUGGUUCCUUGGGGAGUCAGUCAGUGAGCUCAGAAGAAAUCCUUCGACUACUAAGAUUGCUGAGAGUGGAUGAACCUGAGUAUAUUCACCCCUAUACCACUCCUGUGACUCGAGCAAUUCUGACAAUGGCCCGUAAACAAAGUCUAGAAAGCGCACUGCAGUAUUUUAACUUGUCACAUAGUAUGGCAGGAAUUUCUGUGCCUUCCAUACAGAAGUGGCCAGGGUCUGCCUUUUCUUUCAAUGCUUGGUUUUGCUUAGAUCAGGAUCAGUUGACUCUUGGCAACGCUAACAAAGGAGGAAAAAGAAAACAAUUGUACAGCUUCUUUACAGGAAGUGGCAUGGGUUUUGAAGCUUUUAUUACCCAUUCAGGUAUGUUGGUUGUGGCAGUGUGCACAAAAAGAGAAUAUGCUACAGUUAUGCUUCCUGACCACAGUUUCUGUGAUUCCCUCUGGCACAACAUAACCAUUGUUCACAUGCCUGGAAAAAGACCCUUUGGUCAGAGCCUUGUCUUUAUCUAUGACAAUGGACAGCAGAAGGUCUCUGCGCCUCUCAGAUUUCCUGCCAUGAACGAACCUUUUAUUUCCUGCUGCAUUGGUUCAGCUGGGCAAAGAACCACCACUCCUCCACCUUCCCAAAUCCCAGAUCCACCUUUUUCUUCCCCCAUUACCCCUCAUCGGACAUCAUUUGGCGGAAUUCUGUCGUCAGCCUCCUGGGGAGGAACACUUGAAAAAUCAAAAUUGAUUACCAAAUUGAUAUCAGCUGGAACCCAAGAUAGUGAAUGGGGCUGCCCCACAUCUCUGGAGGGUCAGCUAGGGUCUGUUAUCAUCUUCUUUGAAGCACUACAGCCUCCUCAGGUGAAGGCAUUGUAUUUAGCAGGUCCAAACUGUUUAAGCCCUUGGAAAUUUCAGGAGUCUGACAUGGGUGACCUGCCGGCUAACAUCCUUCUUCACUACACCGCAAAGGCCUGCAAAAAUUCAAUCUGUCUUGAUUUAUCUACUAAUUGUUUGCAUGGAAGAUUAACAGGAAACAAAGUAGUGAACUGGGAUAUUAAGGACAUCAUAAACUGCAUAGGUGGAUUAAAUGUAUUGUUUCCUCUGUUGGAACAAAUCAGCCACUUGGGUGAAGGACAGAUUUCUGAAGGAAUGAAUGAAAGCACAGUUUCUGAAUUGAUAACGCCUGUAGAAGGAGAUUGGGUUGUACUGACCUCCACGAAGGCAUCAGAGUCAAGAUUAGAAAGGAAUUUAAUUGCAACAUUUAUCUUGAUUGUGAAGCACUUUAUUCAAAGACAUCCUAUCAACCAGGACAAUCUUACUCACUCCCAUGGAGUUGCCACUCUUGGUGCCUUGCUGCAGAAGGUGCCAAGCUCCUUGAUGGAUGUUAAUGUACUGAUGGCAGUUCAGUUAUUAAUUGAACAGGUAUCAUUAGAGAAAAAUAUGCAGCUCCUGCAGCAAAUGUAUCAAUAUUUACUCUUUGACUUCCGUAUUUGGAACCGUGGAGAUUUUCCCUUUCGAAUUGGUCAUAUACAGUAUCUUUCCACCAUCAUCAAAGACAGCAGAAGAGUUUUCCGAAAGAAGUAUGGUGUGCAGUUUCUCCUAGAUACACUUAGGAUUUAUUAUGGGAGUGAUUGUAAAUACAGUGAGCUGUCUCUAGAUGACAUUCGAACAAUAAGGACUUCUUUGUAUGGACUGAUUAAAUAUUUUCUGUGCAAAGGUGGAACUCAUGAAGAGAUACAGAGUAUUAUGGGUUACAUAGCCGCUAUCAAUGAAGAAGAACAGCUCUUUGGAAUUUUGGAUAUGCUCUUCAGUCUUCUCCGUACCAGCCCAACUAGAGGUCAGCUUUUCUUGUUGCUGUUUGAACCAGGAAAUGCUGACAUACUUUAUGCCUUGCUGUUAAAUCAGAAGUACUCUGACAGACUAAGAGAAAUCGUUUUUAAGGUUAUGGAACAAAUGUUGAAAUGCACAAACGUUUAUGAACGAAGUAAACAACGUAUUCGGCUCAGAGAAGUUGGCUAUUCAGGAUUGGGACUUCUUCUUAAUGAAGCACCCAUUAAUACCUCUCUCAUUAAAAGCCUCACCAAUCAAAUUAUAAAUACAGAUCCUGCUAUUAAUUUCAAAGAUCUGUUGUCUGUGGUAUAUAUAUCUCACAGAACACAUAUAAAUGUCAGAGUGGUUAUCUGCAGAAAGAUUUUACAGAUUUUGCUGUCCCAGCCAGAUGCAGCACAUCAGAUAUCUCAACAAGUGGGUUGGCAAGACACUUUAAUUAGGCUUUUUUUAAAAACCAAUUUUGAAAAUGGCAAUACUCUUCAUAAGCACAGUAGGGCUGUUUCAGUAAAAGACAGUGACAAAAAUUUAUCAGCUGAAGAUACUAAGAAGAACUUUGAUGAAAAGAUUGAUGAGGAAAAAAUCAACUCUUUUGCCUCAGCCAAUGUGUCUUCAGAUCAGUGGAGUUUAGAGGAUGGACACUCUCUAGACUCCAGCACCCCAUUAUUUCAAGAAGAUAGUUCUGUGGGAGAAUUAUCUUUCAGAUCAGAGAAUCAAGAAGAAUUCUGGAAUAAUAACCCUUCACAUCUGAGUUUAGAUCUCAGUGGAAUAGACUCGUGUGAACUGAGCGACAGUGGAAGUCACAUGCUGGACAGCCUGCCCAGCACGCCCUCCCCGAUAGAAUCUACCAAAUCAUUUUCCGUGCAGUCUGACAAAGAGAGCGGCGUCAUAAAUGAUCCUGGGUUUGGCGAUGACUUCUCUUUACUUGAAAGCCAAGAGAGAUGUGAGGAGGAGCUUCUUCAAUUACUGACAAAUAUUUUGAACUAUGUAAUGUGUAGGGGAUUAGAAAAGUCUGAUGAUAGUACUUGGAUUGAACGGGGACAAGUGUUUUCAGCACUAAGUAAACCGGGAAUAUCCAGUGAACUACUUCGACCAUCAGAUGAAAUAAAAUUAAUUUUGCUACAGAACAUGUUAGAAUGGACAGUCACAGAAAACAGAGAAUCAAAAAUGAAUCCUGUAACUGCUGAAAAUGCCUUCCGACUCAUCUUGAUCAUACAGGACUUUCUGCAGUCAGAGGGGCUUGUUAAUUCAAACAUGUGGACUGAGAAGCUUUUAGACGAUCUGAUGCUGCUCUUCGAUGGUCUGUCUGUUUGGUAUUCUGAGAGUCAAGUAUGGGCAAAACUUUCUCGAAUCCAAAUCCAGUUGCUUCUAGGAUUCAUUGGAAGGGGGAAUUUGCAGGUUUGUGCAAUGGCAUCAGCUAAGCUAAACACCCUUCUUCAAACCAAAGUGAUUGAAAAUCAGGAUGAAGCGUGUUACAUUUUAGGGAAGCUGGAACAUGUUCUAAGUCAGUCAAUUAAGGAACAGACUGAAACCUAUUCAUUUCUGAUUCCCCUGGUCCGUACCCUGGUUUCCAAAAUCUAUGAACUUCUCUUCAUGAACUUGCACCUGCCUUCUUUACCUUUUACCAAUGGUAGCUCUUCAUUUUUUGAAGAUUUUCAAGAAUAUUGCAGUUCAAAUGAAUGGCAAGUUUACAUCGAAAAAUAUAUCGUGCCUUACAUGAAGCAGUAUGAAGCCCAUACAUUUUAUGAGGGUCACGAGGACAUGGCGGUUUAUUGGAAGAAUUGUUAUGAAGCCUUAAUGGUGAACAUGCACAAGCGAGACCGGGAAGGAGGAGAAAGCAAGCUUAAGUUUCAGGAAUUUUUUGUGGAACCAUUUAAUAGAAAAGCACGGCAAGAGAACUUGAGGUAUAAUAAUACCCUUAAACAACUUAGCAGCCAACAGUUAAUCACUCUGAGACGCUGGAAGGCAGUACAGCUCUACCUCACAUCUGAAAGGGGACCUUGGGCUAAAAGGAAGCAAAGUCCAAUUCACUGGAAACUAGCUAAUGUAGAAAAUUACUCCCGCAUGAGACUUAAGUUGGUGCCAAAUAUUAACUUCAAAACUCAUGAAGACGCUAGUGCAUUGAGAGAUAAUCUAGGUAUCCAACACUCACAGCCUUCCAGUGACUCAUUGCUUUUGGAAGUAGUGAAACAAGUAAAAGUUAGCAAUAUGGAGGAGGAUAAAUUCGACCUUCCUGAAGACGACUUAACAGCCAGAGCAAAUAUUGAUGAGAAAGAAGAACAGGAUCAAAAAGAAAAAUUGGUGUUGUCAGAAGACUGUGAACUCAUUACAAUAAUUGACGUCAUUCCUGGCAGAUUAGAAAUCACUACUCAACACGUUUACUUCUAUGAUUGCAGCAUUGAAAAAGAAGAUGGAGUAGGCUUUGAUUUCAAGUGGCCUCAUUCUCAAAUUCGAGAGAUUCACCUGCGGCGUUAUAAUUUAAGGAGGUCAGCUCUUGAGAUUUUUCAUGUUGACCAAUCCAACUACUUUCUCAAUUUCAAAAAAGAGGUUAGAAACAAAGUAUAUAGUAGACUGUUGUCACUUCAUUCUCCAGUUAGUUCUGGUACGAGAUCACCACAGGAAUUAUUCAAAGCAUCUGGGUUGACACAGAAAUGGGUGAACAGAGAGAUAUCAAAUUUUGACUACCUCAUUCAAAUAAAUACAAUGGCAGGACGAACCUAUAAUGACCUUGCGCAGUAUCCUGUGUUUCCCUGGAUUUUACAAGAUUAUACUUCAGAAGAAUUGGACCUCAAUAACCCAUCUGUAUUUCGAGAUCUUUCCAAACCAAUUGGGGUAGUUAAUGACAGAAAUGCCAAAGCCAUGCGAGAAAAAUAUGAAAAUUUUGAGGAUCCCAUGGGAACUAUUGAUAAAUUUCAUUAUGGUACUCACUAUUCAAAUUCUGCUGGGGUUAUGCACUAUCUUAUUCGGACAGAACCAUUCACCACCCUCCACAUCCAGCUUCAGAGUGGAAGGUUUGACUGUGCAGAUCGACAGUUCCAUUCCAUCCCUGCAACCUGGCAGGCUCUCAUGGACAAUGCAUAUGAUGUGAAGGAGCUUAUUCCUGAAUUCUUCUAUUUCCCAGAGUUUUUGGAAAAUCAAAAUCAAUUUAACUUGGGCUGUCUGCAAGUUUCCAAAGAAGUAGUAAAUGACGUCAUUCUCCCCAAAUGGGCUAAGUCAGCUGAAGAUUUCAUCUAUAAACAUAGGAAAGCUCUGGAGUCUGAAUAUGUUUCUGCUCAUCUUCAUGAAUGGAUAGAUCUGAUUUUUGGCUACAAACAGAGGGGGCCAGCUGCAGUGGAAGCACUGAAUGUUUUCUAUUACUGUAGUUAUGAAGGAGCUGUGGAUCUGGAUGCCUUAACAGAUGAGAAGGAAAGAAAAGCCUUAGAAGGGAUGAUUAAUAAUUUUGGGCAAACACCUUGUCAACUGUUAAAGGAACCACAUCCUCCUAGAUUGUCAGCAGAAGAAGCAGUGCAGAAGCAGACCAAAACAGACACUUCAAUCCUAAAUGUAUUUCAACAUCUCUCCGAACUCAAGUCAUUUUUUAUAGAGGGAAUUAGUGAUGGCGUCCCACUAAUCAAGGCCGUUGUCCCCAAAAAUCAGUCUCGUUCUUUUAUGUCUCAAGGCAGUCCUGAGUUAUUGAUAACAGUAAACAUGAAUUACAUUGUUGGAACCCAUGGAUGGCUGCCUUAUGACAGAAACAUUUCCAAUUACUUUACAUUCAUCAAAGAUCAAACUGUAACAAAUCCCAAAACUCAGCGUAUCAUGAAUGGUCCUUUUGCUCCAGGGCUGGAGAUCACUUCUAAGCUAUUCAUAGUAUCACAUGAUGCGAAGUUGCUUUUCAGUGCUGGACACUGGGAUAAUAGCAUUCAAGUGAUGUCGCUUACAAAAGGCAAAAUUAUUUCACACAAUAUUAGACACAUGGAUAUUGUGACUUGUUUAGCUACAGAUUAUUGUGGAAUACAUUUGAUUUCUGGUUCCAGAGAUACUACAUGUAUGAUAUGGCAAAUAACACAACAGGGAGGUGUUCCUGUGGGCUUAGCAUCUAAACCCUUUCAGAUUCUGUAUGGACACACCGAUGAGGUAUUGAGUGUUGGCAUCAGCACUGAACUAGAUAUGGCAGUGUCAGGAUCAAGGGAUGGCACUGUGAUUAUACAUACCAUUCAGAAAGGUCAAUACAUGAGGACUUUACGGCCACCUUCUGAGAGUUCUGUGCUCCUGACUGUUCCUAAUUUGGCUAUAUCUUGGGAAGGACAUAUUGUUAUCUAUUCCAGCAUUGAAGAAAAGACCAAUCUCAAGGAUAAGAAUGCAUUACAUCUGUUUUCCAUAAAUGGCAAGUAUCUAGGGUCCCAAGUCCUGACAGAACAAGUAUCAGAUAUAUGUAUCACUGGAGAACAUAUUAUCACGGGCAGCUUACAAGGCUUCCUGUCCAUAAGAAAUCUCCACAGUUUGAAUCUCAGCAUGAACCCAUUAGCCAUGCGAAUGCCUAUCCACUGUGUUUGUGUCACCAAAGAAUACAGCCAUAUUCUUGUAGGAUUAGAAGAUGGCAAAUUGAUUGUAGUGGGUGUUGGGAAACCAGCUGAGGUAAAACACAGCAUCAAGAACUUCUUUUCCCAUACUGUGGGGGAUUCCUUUGGUUCUCCUUUGUUCCAGCUGAAUCAGAAGUCUCCAUUAUGGAUGAACAAACUAAAAACCAAAUUUGAUUUUUCAAAGGGCAGUAAAUGAAAAGGUCAUAAAUCUAAUACUCAAGAGUGAUGUUUAUAUUGUGAUAUAAGUGAAAGCACAUAUUUGGCGGUUUCUAUCACUCUGUAUGAAUAAGGAAGUUCUUUUAUUAUCUAUCUUUCCAAAUCUAGAUUCAAGACACUACUUGGAUUUCUAAUACAUAAAAGCCUUUAUAAAAAAUGAAAUACAGACUCCAACAAUAAAACUAUAUACUUUACUUUCAACAAGAAUACCAGAAUUAGCAGAACAAAUAUGCUUAAUUCUCAGUGAGUUUCUUGUACUUAACUAUAGAUUUGCCAGUGGCUUAUCAGUCACUGAAUAUUCAGAUACCAUAAAUCUGGUAUUGUUCCUUCGAAAACUUAGUGGCUAUAUUCCAAGUAAUUUAGUGAUUCUUCUAGAAAAUUUCUUUUAUUAUAUAGAGUCAAAUUAAGCAUUAUAAAUUUGUACUGAUUGCAUCAGUCUCUUCUGAGAAAUCUAAAAUAAUGGCAACUCUUGGAAUCAUUUUAAGAGAAGACACUAGUGAAUAACACACUGUCACUGGUUUUAGUAAAUCUACCACGGAUCAUGGGGGCCUUUUUGUUUUAUAUAUAUUUUAAGGUUUUGUUAGUUCUUAUACUCUUUUUCAAGAUAUUAUUGUAACAAAACAGAGGUCUUAUUAAAUUGAUAUUGUCAUUUACCUUUAGUUUAACAAUCCCCCAAACAAUCUCAGCAAGUCCAUAUCUUGGUAUUCACUUAUAUUUAAAACAUUUUAAGCACUUUUUCUCACUGAGUAUGCUUCACUUUUUUAUUUUACUGAUUUUUUUUUAAGUGAAGUGACCAUUAUGUGCACACAUUUUCUUCUAAAAAUUGAUUGGGGAAAAAACCCCUAAAUAGCUUCAUUUCAUAGGCCUCAGUCAGUGUUUUGUACUACUUACUAAAUAAGUUUUUUGUCUUCACUGAAAGAUUUUUGUAGUCUACAACACAGAGAAUCUGAAUUAUAUGUAGAUUUUGAAUAGGAGUAUUUAUCAUUUUAUAUCUUUGGAUGUAUCAGCUGAAGUAUAGUUCUACGUUAGUAUAUAAUUGAAUACUUAGAAUCUUGCAUAAUUGAAAUAUAAUUGUGUAUGACAGUAUCAAAAUUAAAUCAAGAUUUAGGUAUGAAAAGAUUUUUAUUUCAAUAUCUGAAUUUAUCUAAAAGAUCAAAAUCUUGAUUAAUGUAUAUUUUAAGUCAUCAGUUUUAUAUGUUACAUUCUCAGUACAAAAUUUGUAUUUAUAAAUGAAGUGGUAAUGUGGUAGUAGAGUAAUGGAAACAAUGUUUCUGGAAAUACACCUAGAAAUGAAAAUGUAAAACAAGCAUCCCAAAGUGUCUUUGCAUGAGCCUUGAUUUUUUUUUACCCCUUCAAUAAGUGUCCCUUAGAGAAGUAUAACCAUUGAAAAAGAGUGGCAGAUGAAUCACCAUUAAGAAGUAGGUUGCACUUGGGAAAGUAAUUCUGACAUCAUAAUCAUAUGUUUAGACUGAGAAAUGUUUCCCACAUGGGUUCUUUUUUUGCCCUACCUAGAAGUUUAAGCACUUUUAGAGGGGAAUUUAUUCACCAGUUGAAUUAAUAUUUAAUAAUUAUUAUAUUCUGAGAAGUAUGGCAGGUGGUAAAAAUUUAAUGAUGGAUAAAAUGUGAUUCUUAUCUUCAGAGAACUGAUGCUGUUUUUGUUUUCUAAAUCACAUUUUAUCAUUCUCUUGUUA